AUGAUAACUCCAGCUUUUGAACUGACCCAGGACCCGGAUUUCCUUACAGUAAAAAUCAGAGUGCCCUAUGCCAGAGCUUCAGAGUUUGACAUUUACUUUGAAGGGGAAGAUUUCAAAUUUUAUGCUAAGCCAUACUUUCUCAGAUUGACACUUCCUGGAAGAAUUGUAGAGGAUGGCAGAGAAAAAGCAUCUUACAAUACAGAUGAAGGUACUUUUACAAUUCAGUUGCCCAAGGAGGUUCCUGGCCAGUAUUUUGAGGGGCUGGACAUGCUGACAUCGCUUUUAGCACCAAAGAAAUCAAGAUCAGCAAAACCUUUGGUAGAAGAGAUGGGUAUGACAAAAUCAAUCUAGUUUAUACAAGAUGAUACAUGUAAUGAAGAAGAAUUUGACUGGGAAAUGGAACAGAUUCCUUAUGAGGAGAGCCCCCCACCCCUGCAGCACCCCUAUGGAUUUGGGAAUUUGCGCUCAGGGGUGUUCCAGAGGCUGCAGGAUGAGCUCAGUGAUGUUAUUGACAUUAAGGAUCCAGACCAGACGCCUGCAGAGGAGCGGAGGAGGAGACGUUUGGCAGCUGAGGCUGCCAAGUUUGAGCCUGACCAUUACCUAGCUGAUUUUUUUGAAGAUGAAGCUAUUAAGCAUCUUUUAAAGUACAAGCCCUGGUGGAUUGAUGCUCAUAAAAAGAUGACAGCCUUUUUAAAGAAAAAAAAAGUGAAGGAAGGUUCAGUUCUGCUCAUUGUCUUCUCUGAGGCAGAGAGAGAGCAGAUGAGGAAGUUCACAAACAAAUCUUUUCUUCUGGAUAAAAGGAGCCGUCGCCACGUCUAUCUUGGAUUAAUUGAUAUUCUUCUGGCAUAUUGCUACGAGAUCCGUGUCAAUGAAGGGGACAAGAAUGUUGAAUCAUCUUGGAACAUCAGGAAACUGAGUGCAGCAUUGUGCUGGCUGGAGAGUUUCUCCAGCAUCCAUGAUGUCCUGGUAUCUUUUGGAAGGAGAGUGCUGUGCUAUCCCCUGUACAGGCAUUUUGAGCUGGUGACACGUGCCUUCAGUGACACAGUCAUGAUUCUGCAGCUGGGGAAAGCUGCAGUGCUCAAGUGUCUGCUGGACAUUCACAAGAUUUUUAUGGAGAGUGACCCUGCUUACAUCCUUAAUGAUCUCUUCAUUACAGACUAUUGCAUCUGGAUCCAGAAAGUCAAGUCAAAAAAGUUGGCUGCACUCUGUGAGUCCUUGCAGAAAACCACACUCAGCAAGUCCCACAUGGGGCUGGAGCUGGAAGAGCUGGAAGCAGCAGCAGUGCUGGUACAGGAGGAAGAGAAGGCGUUAAAAGCUGCUGGCACAGUUUCCAAGCAACAGCUGCUUUGCUCCGAGUCGGAGACAAGUGACUCUGAAGAAUCCAGCAGCACUUCAUCAUCUGAGACAGAAGGCUCUGAUUCAGAUGAGCAGGAGUCCUCGACCAGUGAAGAUGGGGAAAUAAAUUCUUUGCAAGGCACGCUGCAGGAGGAGAGGACAGCUCCACUUAUUGACUGUAAUGGAUUGAGGCAGGGCACAGACACUUGGGCGAUGGAGGUCGGGGAUGGGAAAUCAAAGGUUUCCCUGCAAUCUACCACUCCUCCUGGAAAACUGGUAGAAGAAUUAGAAAUGCAAAUCCAGUCUGCAAUGAGACUUUCAGAGCAGCCUGAAGGAUUGGCUACUGCAGGCUGCAUUUCACAGGAACAAGAAGAAAACCCUGUACCCGAGCCUGACAGAUUUUCGGAAGAUGCUGCUGGGAAGGGAAAUUUCUUGGAGGUGUCUCCCAAGCCCAACCCAUUGCUUUUUCUCUGCAGCACAAAUGAAGAUGAAGACUAAAGGACACUGCAGGAGCACAGUGUGACCCACGAGCUCACAGCUUGUUCUAGAAGGAGCUGUCCCAAGGCUGUCCUGUGCUGCACAAAAAUGUUUUCCUUUUUCUGUUGGAGGACAAGACUGCUUUGAAAAGACUUGAUAGGACUGUGUGAUACUCUUGCAGUUAAUUUUUAUUUUUGUCCAACAGUGUAUACUUGAUGGGAGAAUGUAUAAUUUCAAUAAACUUCUAGAAACUGUUUUCAUUAAGCUUAUUCAGUGAUAGAAUGAUGUCCUAAUCAAAUACAACUGAAAUGACUAAUUUUAAUUUUCUCUAGCUGUUGGGAUUUACUUGAAAAAUAUCCUCAUUAUGUUUGGAUAAACUUGUUUAUGACAUUGUACCGUUAUUUUGAAAUGCUUCAUACAAAUAAUGGUUAUAAGUUUAAAAGUUUAAAUAGUGAUCGCAAAUUAUUUUGAAAUAUAUAAAUUCUGUAUUUUUUGUACAAAAUAAAGGAAAUUUCUAUGCCAUCAGUACAA